AUGGGGCCUUUCGAGGAGCAUCAUCGGUGGUCGCAAAAGCUUGAAAAUGUACUGGAAGAUCGCGAUGCUCUUGAGGCAUUCAUAAACUGGAUGAAAAACGAAUCGCCAUUCGCUGAACAUCCGAUCAGGCUCCAUUUUGCUAUCAUCGCAUACAGAAAUAUGUGUGCAGAAAAGAAUCAUCGUACGGUAGAACUGGGCAAGAACUUACAUCGUAGAUAUGUUAGUGUCAAUACGGGACUUUGUACAUUUCUUCCUGAGGAUGUGAGAAAUGAAGUUAGUUUGCGCGUUCAUUCUUUAUCAGAAAGCGACCCAGAUCCGACUGUUUUUGAUUGUCUGAUUCCGUACUUAAAUACAUUUCUUCGCAAACAGCAUGCGCAAUUCGUUUCUUCCGAUGAGUUCUUCAAAGUUUAUAAUCAGGUAGCAGAUAGUUCAGCAAAAUCGUUAUUAGGUCCACCAACUAGCAGUAGUUUUCGAGGAAAACCACGUAAAUCUUUCACUUAUCAACCUAUCUUAACUGCUGAAAUGCUUUUAAAAACGCAGUACGUUCGGGAAAAUACUCUUGGUGAGAGUGAAGUGGAGAAGCUUUAUCCUCCAGCUUCAAGAAUGCCUUAUGUUUGUAAUGCAACGACGAGUAAAAAUGACUCAGCUGUAUCUUCUACAUUUUCAAGUGCUGCAAACAAUCAAAAUGCUGUUUUAAAACUGAGCACUAUUCGUGAGGAGCAAAUCAGAGACAAUCCUACCACUUUGACGUUAGCUAGAUUAGAAAAAUUGGAUUGGCCUACCAGUCAUGAUCACAAUACCGAAGAAGGUCGAAAAGCGUUUGCUGCUGCUCUUACAAAGAAAUUAAAUCGCCUUAGCGCUCAGCGUAAGCGGAAUGAUGUUAUGAACCAGCAGCUGCGUAAUAUUGAGAAUAGGAAAUGCUCAGCUCGUGAAGUUGUAGCAACUUCGAUAGAGCCGAGUGUUGCGGAGGACGAAGAUGAAUUGGAUAAAUAUUUAAGAGAGAAAAUGGCUGAUAGUUCAAGCAAGCCGUCUCCUUCUUACCAUACUCCAGACCCAAACAGUGUUCACUCAAGUCGUUUUCGACGGAAAUCAAAGUGGAGCUCGCCGGAUAGAGCCCAAUACAAUGUUGUCACACCUGGGGUGAAUUCUUUAUAUAUUAGCAAUCCUUACGGCUCUAACGGGUUUAUGCCUUCAUCUCAGAACAAACAUGUUAAAAAUCAAAAUUUGAACAGCGCUACGAAACACUUCUCUAAAGAAAGGUAAAA